AUGGCGGAGGCUGUGAAAAAGGGGAUACAGGCGAGGGAAAGGGAGAAUUUGAUAAAGGAAAUAGAGGAAAUGCAUAAAGCGAGCGAGUGUCAUUUGGUAGUAUAUUCUCUCCGUCCUUUAGUCCUGGGAUAUGAGAUAUGGGUGGACCGUAUACGUGCAUCAAGGGGUUGUACAAGCCCCUUGUCAUCUGAGCACGGAUCUACCACGGCGUCUACAGCUAUUCGUAAAUACCUCGUCGUCGAAUACACCAUCCACAAGGGACAUAUCACCGACUACCACAACCAAGAGACCGGCAACGGGCCUGCGAAAGCAAGCGCUUUAGUCUGGAGGCUUGCUGAACAGAGACGCAUGGCGCACAAUAGAUGGAUAUGGGAAGAGAAGGACCAGGAGAGGAGAGCUGGUCUCAAGAUUGAGAAAUUCGGCAGGAUGGAGAUGAAUAGCUGGACUACGGUGGUGAAGGUUGCUGGGAAGAGGAUUUGGCGGCGAAAUUGCGAGUUGACAUAG